UAGCCUGUGUCCAGCCGCAGUUGAGAUGUUUCGCACACUGUCUCUUGAGCCGAAUAGAGUCGAGGACCGAUCCAAGGAGGAGGUCCGUGCCAACCUGGUGGUAUUCGCCGUCACUUGUGCUCUCAUCCGAUUUAUCCCGAUUAUCAUCAGGAAAAUGACUUAGUUGAGGCCCAGGAUUGGGACCUGGUAUUCCCUUUAUUUUGUACAGCACUAGCUGCUGAAAUAAUACCGGCCAUUGCUGUUUGUUCUACAAAACGUAAAUAAAUAAAAGCUUUUUAA